AUGGCAAGUGACAGUGAUGUGAUAUGUCAAAUAUUCUACGCAGUAACUAAAAUCAGUGGUAUUAAUGUAUAACGGUAUAAAAGUACCUGAUUUGCUUAUAUCAGUUACACCAGUAUCCGAUUUAAAUAAUUACUUAGCUAAAUGUCUGUGAAUAGCGGCAGCGCCAUUUUUUCCGGAAGUGAACCAUUCUCUGAUCAUUCCUAUGGAUAGGUUCAUGCCAGAAAUAGAAGGCGCUCCGCGGUACCCGGCCGCGAAGAUCGUGAACGGCCAGCGGGCCGCCAGGGGCCAGUUCCCGCACCAGGCGGCCAUCUUCCUGGACAACGUGUCCUUCUGCGGCGGCUCGCUCAUCUCCGCCUCGUGGAUCCUGUGCGCCGCGCACUGCACCGUGCGCAUCUCCACGUUCAGCGUACACCUGGGUGCACAGAACCUGAACGUGGCGGAGGCCGGCAGGGUCGGCAUGGUGUCGCGCAGCGCCGUCAACCACGCCGCCUACAACCCAGGCAACCUGCACAACGACAUCUCGCUGGUGCGGCUGCCCGCGCCUGUCUCCCUCUCCGGCUUCAUCCAGCUGGUGAGCCUGCCGCCCAGAUCCCUGGCCUCCAACAGCUUCGUGGGCCAGCCGGUGCAAGUGAGCGGCUGGGGGAGGAUGUCCGACGUGAGCGGCGGGAUCAGCCCGCAGCUGAACUUCGUGACGACGAGCGUGAUCGGGAACGCGCAGUGCGCCCAGACGUACGGCGGCAGCGUCAUCGCAUCCACCAUCUGCGCCUCGGGAGCCGGCGGCCGCAGCCCCUGCCAGGGCGACAGCGGCGGCCCGCUGGUCAUCAGCGCCGGAGGGGCGUACCUGCAGAUCGGCGUGGUCAGCUUCGUGUCCAGCUUCGGCUGCGCCAGCGGCAGUCCGUCGGGCUACGCGCGCGUCACGGCCUUCCUCGGCUGGAUCUCCGCCAACACGGGCAUCCCGGUGCCCGGCUAGCGCCCGCCCUGUUCGCCCCUGUUCGCCCCUGUUCGCCCGCCCUGUUCGCCAAUAAACCCGUCAUCUCUCACC